AUGAAAAAUCAAUCCACUACUGAAAAUGGAUUACAAUUUUCGGAUCACAAUCCGAAUCUCUCAAAUUUCUAACAUCAACAAGGGAGAUUUACUCUCAACCUCACUCUCUUUUCUGCACUGGUUUCCCUCUCUGUUUUUCGCUGGCUUCCCUCGCGCACACACACACAAUUUGCACUCUAUUUAAAUUUAAAACAAGAGAUUAAAUAGGGAGCUUUUGGAUACAAGAAUAGUGUAACACUAUCCUAUCAGGGAUUAACAUGUCAGCAUAUCCAAAGUUGGAGGAGUCCACUUUGCUUUUCCCAUUUCUUCAACAAUAAGAAAAGUCCGUGUCGGAAACCAUUCUUCAUCUUCAAAACCAAACCUUCUGAGUUUAUGCCAUUCACCGUGUACUCAUGGUGCACCUACAUUGUUGAGCCACCCAACUUGGGAGGGCUAGCUCAACAAUCUCCCCCGCCCGAGCUAGUUGGGGGGCUCCACCAAGCCAGCUUGUGAUAUGCAAAACUCAAAUUUGCUUCCUCACCAAGGACUUGGUCAUCAUAUCAGAACUGUUGUCAUCCGUGUGAACUUUCUCAACAUCAAGCACCUUUUCUUCAAUUGCAUCACGUAUCCAAUGAUACCUCAAAUCAACAUGCUUGGUUCUA